AAUCUAAAUAUAUAGAGACAGACAGACUAUAGUGGAAAGCACGCUGGUGUCGAUAUUUUUUUAGUUUAGAGUAUCAUUGAUGUUAAUUUGUCAGAAUUUGAAUACGGUAUGAGUAGCGGUGAUCCAAACACCUCCAGUAGCUACAAUUCUGCAUCAACAGGAGCGACUAUGUCAAGUGCAGACACGGUUCCGACUCAGGAUAUCGUAGACUGUGGAGACGUGGAUGGUGACCAGGAGGAGGAAGAAGAAGAAGAGCCAGAAAUAUGGGGUCGACUAUUUCCUUUUGGAGCUGCGUUUACAGCAGUUAACUUGUCGGGUGAUAAAUACACAGUUGGGCGUGAUAAACUCUGCGAUAUCUGCCUUGAUACAAAGGCAUGUCGGAAAUUAAAUUUCUUCGCAACGGUUUCCAAGAUCCAUUUUAACAUAUCCAAAGACAAGUCAAAUGCUGUGUUCAUUGAAGACCAAAGCUCUAAUGGGACCUUUCUAAAUGGCCAAAAAAUUGGAAAAUCAAACAAGCGUGUGCUAAAGAACAAUGAUCUUAUUUCUCUCUCCGUUGCAAAGAAUAAAGCUUAUGUCUUCAUGGACACAUCCCAGGAGUCUCUAUGCAUGCCAGAAGAGAUGAAAAAGAAGUACACUUUAUCCAGAACUAUUGGCAGAGGUGCAUGUGGAGAGGUUCGUCUUGCUUUUGAAAAUGAGGGUAGUCAGCCAAAACGAGUUGCAGUGAAAAUAAUAGAGAAGAAAACAUUCAGUACCGGAGGAACAGUAUUAAAAGAUAUGGGCAAGAAAGUUAUGGACGAAGUAGAUAUUUUGAAGUCAUUGGAACAUCCGUGUAUUAUAAAGAUUGAAGACGUUUUUGACACACCAGACGUGCUGUUUAUUAUUCUUGAGCUUGUCGAAGGAGGAGAGUUAUUUGAUAAGAUAACCAGCAAGGGUAAACUCACCGAAAGCCACUCCAAACUCCUGUUUUUCCAAAUGGUUACUGCCUGUAAAUACCUGCAUGACAAAGGCAUUACACAUAGAGACCUGAAGCCAGAGAAUAUCCUCUUGUCCUCCGAGGAAGAUGACGCCUUAAUAAAAGUCACAGAUUUUGGUCUCUCAAAGUUUGUCGGCGAGAACUCAUUUAUGAAGACCCUGUGCGGCACUCCGACUUACCUGGCUCCUGAGAUUUUGAAGACAGCUGGUAUGGGAGGCUACAGCAAAGCUGUUGACCUAUGGAGUCUGGGUGUAAUUUUAUUUAUAUGCUUAAGCGGUUACCCUCCAUUUUCAGAACAAAUAAAAGUAAUGACGUUGCAUCAGCAAAUUACCAGGGGUCAUUACAGCUUUCCAAAUAAAUAUUGGUCAGAUGUGUCAAAGGAAGCAAUCGAUCUUAUAAAAAAACUGAUGACAGUAGAUCCGAAGAGGCGUCUGACGAUAAACCAAGUCCUUGACCAUCCCUGGCUUGAUGACAAGAUAAUGAAAGAGAAGGCCUGCAAGUUAAUGGGCAUUGCCACAAAUGGAAUGCCGCCGCCAAAUGCAACACCAAAGAAAAGGCCAAGGGAAGAGGAGAACGAUGGGGGAAGGAAAUUCUCAAGAUCAAGUAGUGGGACAUCUGAUUCUACAGAUAUAAUGUAAAUUAUAUGGUGUACCAGCCAAUCACAGAAUUAAUAUAUGAUCUCAGAAUUAUUAGAAUGUCUCAGAGUUAAUAAAAGGUCUUAGAUAUAAUAUUAAAGAAAGAACAAAUCAUCAUCAUUUAAUUCUGUGGUUACUGUUACUACUUUUACCUUGAAUUUUAUUAAUUGCUGAUGGCAUAAGGCAGUAUAUGAGCUAUGACAGUGAAUAAUAGAUAAUAAUAAAUAUGAUUUAUAUAGCGCACAUGUUACAAUUGUUAUUAUGUAACACAUAUAUAGAUUACAGGCAUCUGAUUGGUUAAAAGUGGGUAAUAACUUCAACCAUCUUUUGAAUGAUAGUUGAAUAAAUUCCCGGGGAAAAAAAUUACUAUCAUAUUAUUAAAUGAUAGUGCUUUUUUUGCCUAUCACGAUGUACUCUCACACACGCAAAGAGAAUAAAGGAGACUGACCUCUACGACGAGGUCAUAGCGGAUCAGCUAGUACCAUCAAUUAAUGCCUAGCCAAGGCCUACUUGCUGGGUACUCCUUUCAUUACUUUUUUAGUGCUCAUAAAAUCUAUGUAUGAAGUGUAUAAAGCAAAUAUUGACUGCUCUAGAUUCAGGGAACAGUGAAAUCUAUAGCCCCCUCGGUGACGUGGAGACUAGCCUACUAUCUUCCCUCUAUCUUCGGGAAACCUCUCAUUUUAUUUUUAAUUUUUUUUUUUUACAGUACCAUACUUGCACGAAUAAGUGCCCUGUUUGAAUAAGCUCCCCCCUCAAUUACAUACAAUACAGUACAUCACCAACUUAAUUUUCUGCAUCCAAUAUUUGCAGCUAAUUUAGCAUUGUCAGUCCAUCUGUCCAUUUGUCGGUCUAUCAGUCUCCAUUAAGUUUAACAUAGUUUUCAGUUUUGAUGCAUCUUUAGAAUCCUGUUCUUGUUUUAUUGCUAGGCUUUUUGGAUUUAGAACUACAGUAUUUAAUAUCUAAAAAUUAAAAUACUGUAUGGCCAUUUUCAGUCAACAAAAAUAAACUGACCUCAUCACUCUCGUAUCUAAACAAGAAACUCUGCAAUGAUCCUGCUAAUCUGAAUUGGCAGAUGGCCAGUACUCUUAUCACACUACCACCAACACCACCACUAAUUUCAUGUGCUGUUGUGUAAAUACCCCCAACAUUCUUGUCAUGAGUCAUGUUCUCUCAAUGAUUACCUUUUCUUCACCAAAACCAUUCGUUUAUCUUCGAUUAAGCAUAGUGCCCCUUCAAUUUUCCAAUUUCCCAUAAGCACCCCUUCAAUUUUCAUCUAUUUCCAUAAGCGCUCCCUUAAUUUCCACUCUGUUUUCAUAAGCGCCCCGUUUGAAUAAGAGCCCAUCAAAAAGAGCCAAAAAUAUUUUAGGUGGCCCGGCGCUUAUUCGCACGAGUAUGGUACUUAUAAUUUUAAGUUUUGAAUACAGAACAGUAUUUGUUAUUGCAGUCUUUUAUUUUUCUGAUAGACAAGUACACUGCCAUUUUAUAAAGGACAUACAAAGCCAGGUAAUGGACCUUUAACCGACCAACAAGUUUGUGAUAUUUAAACAGGCAGGGCCAGGAAUAUGUACCUGUUUCCAAAUACUUAACCAUGUUUAAAAAUCAUUUUGUGGUUCUUUCCCUUAGCAACUAAGUAUACAUUUUGGGCUUACUUGGAUACACAGUCCAUUAAGAAGAUGACACAACUUUUGAAGGUUUUAAUCUUGAAUUUUAUGUAAAUCAUGAAUUAUAUUCCGUUGUGAUUAUAGUGAUCUAAUACAAUUUAUGAUUUACAUUUUAAAUUAGAUUGCUCAUGCUUUGAUAUUUAUCUUUUUUUGUUAUUUCUUGCUUGCUUGAUUUGUUUUAUUACAUUUUUAUGAUUUCAAAAUCAUUGUGAUGACUGAUUUAUUAUCAGUUGUCAAUAGUGCUGACAAUUCUCAUCAUUCAUGUUGAUCAUGGACAAAUGAUUACUUAUAAUUUUGAAAUUAUUGAUUUAAGAAAUAUCAUAAGAAGUACUCAAGGAACUUUAAAAUGUGGUUGGAUCACAGCUUUGAUUUUUCAUUACUUGGCAUCACUUGCAUACUACAAUAGAUUUCUGGUUAAAAUGUAAAGAUUUUAGAUUCUCUAUUAAUCAUUACAAAUUUUAUACUCCAUACAUUCUCGACUGUCUUAAAUAAUGCGAGCCUAUUCAUUGAAGACAAGUCAUUUCAUACUGAAUUUGUACAAUUGUCAUUUCAUUACAAUCACUUGAUUGAAUAUUAUUUAGCAAUACUGAGAAUGAUUUGUAUUGUUCCUGUCGAUCAUGGACUAAUGAUUUAAUUUACUUUUGAAAUUAGUGAUCUUGGCUGCCAUAUAUUAAUUAAUACUCAGACGAUCAAAUGUGAUUUAGAUCAAUUAGCUGCUCUCCUUGUAAUACUCCAAAUCUGUUCCUUUCGAACUUCUUGUCACAUUUCUUUUGCUAUUAGCAAGCUUUCGAUUACAUGACGACGUUAGGAUGUAGAACGUAAUGACGUUACGUAAAGUCAUAUGCGCAAGCAAGAACAUUGAUCUCUCGUGGUCGCAUGGAUUCUAUGAUGCUAUUUAGCCAAAUCUACGUUAUGUAGAGAACGUAAGACGGUCAUCAUGCAUGAGUGAAUCCAUUCUAGCAUCUUGUGCAAAUCGAAAGCUACCUAAUAUCUCUGAACCUGUAGUUUUCUGACAGUGUGUUAAUGAGCCAGGGGCGGAUCCAACAGGGGGGCUUCCCCUCCCCCAUUUUGCCACUAAAUUUUAAAAUUUCAAGGCAUAUAUGGAAAUUAACGCUCUCACUUUUCUAUUCUGAAUAGGUUGUGCCCCCAUUUUGAAAAAUUCUUGAUCCGCCCCUCUGAACAGUUAGCUGCUUUAAGAAGUGUAAAUAGUUUUCAAGCUUAAAUAUUUCUAUAAAUGUGUAAAUAAUUAUAAGAUUGCUAGUUUCUUUGUCAUUGGAAAAUAUGCUGAGCCAAUACAAAAGAUUGUGCAUUGUACAGAUUUAGGAAAGAUAUUGUCUUUCCUUUUAAAUUAAAGAGCAUUUGUAUUCACAUGCGA